AUGACCUUGGGUCUUCCGGUUGGCGCGGUCAUGAACUGUGCUGAUAAUUCCGGAGCCAAAAAUUUGUAUGUUAUCUCUGUCAAAGGAAUCCAUGGUCGAUUGAAUAGAUUACCUGCAGCUGGUGUCGGUGACAUGGUUAUGGCCACUGUUAAGAAAGGCAAACCGGAUUUAAGGAAAAAAGUUAUGCCCGCUGUAGUGAUUCGUCAAAGAAAACCGUGGCGUAGAAGAGAUGGCGUUUUCCUUUACUUUGAAGAUAAUGCCGGGGUGAUUGUGAACCCCAAGGGGGAAAUGAAAGGCUCUGCUAUUACUGGCCCAGUAGGAAAAGAAUGUGCUGACCUUUGGCCACGUAUCGCUUCUUCUUCUGGUACAGUGGUAUGA